UCUGCUGCUGGGUAACUUUGGUUGCAAUAUGGGUGUGACUUUUUGAUGGAUCUUCCCCUCCCAGUUAUGUCAUUACUUCAGUUCCUCUGAAUCAGAAUAAAAAGUGCAGCAAACUUCAGACUCAUUGACUGCAGCCUUCACAAGUGUCGGGGCUUUUCUUCUUUCUACAGCUUGCAAGGAUCUCUUGUUUUUGCAAAACAGUUCCAAGAAAACAAUGGUCAGCUUGUCAUUAUGGGCAAUUUUUGGAUUAUGUUUUAUGAAGCUUUGUCUAACAGAAACACGUACGGUUUCGUAGUGGGGAAUGUUGUUAUCCCACGAAUCAAUCCCUAUCCUCUUUGUGCAGCAAAUCAGACUGGCAUUUACAAACUUUCAGCAAACACAACUGAUCGGUAUGAUGCAUACUGUUACAAUGCAACAGAAACAAGAGACAAAACAUGUGAGCCAAUUGAAAGACUGGAUACUUCUUUCCUCAAUAAUCAGGGUGAAAUAGUCAUUGAUAAUGCAGAUGGCUCACAUUAUAAUGCAGAUGGUAUGCAUCACAGUGGAGAAUCCUCAACCUCAGGUGCGGAUGAUGAAAAUGUCGGUAGUGGAUCAACACAGGACACGACUCAAAAGGAUACUUCCUUCAGGAGAUCCAGCCCCUCAUAUUAUGGAAGUGCUACUCCAGUCUCACAGCUGCCAGAUCAUACUUCUGGAGGGAGUGAAAAAGAAAUUCCUAGAAAAGAAUCUGAUUAUGAAGUCUCUCCUGGAUCACCUGACAUCUCUUUGGUGACAGCAGCUGAUGAUUCCCCUGAAAAAGAUGGUGGGCAGUAUCCUGCGAGUACUGCUCCAGGGCCUCAUCAUGACAACCUGGAGAAAACUACCACCCAAACUCAGUGGAGUCCAUUCUCAAACCACUGGUGGUGGUCAAAUCCUGGAGAGAAGACACAAGAACCCAAGCAAGCAAGCAAGGCAGAUGUGACUUCAAGUGGGAAUGGUUCUGAUGAUGAAGGCUCUUCAAAGGAGAUGAUUUACCUAACAGUGUUUCAAGGAUGGGACAGGAGAGUGGCCAAAGACGAGUAUGCUACAAGUACUACUCUUGCCUCUCCUGACGGUACCCACCAUGAAGAUCCAACUCAGCCACCUCUGCCUUCAGAUAACAAACCAGGACAGCGCACUGAAGUCGUCAUGCAUCCCACAGAUGUCUCUGAGAAUGAGGUCCUCCACAGGACCACAGCCAGUAUGAACAAACUUGCUGAUGACUCCCUACUGAUGGGUACCAUCACAGAGCCCAUGGAUGAUGUUAAUCGAGAAAAAGCAACCAAAGAGCCACUAGCACCUAGCAUUCCACCUGAGAGUGAAAGUGAACAAGCACACACCACAGAUGGUUCUCAAGUCAAUUACAUACCUGAAGUUUUUCCAGACAUUGAAGAUCAUCUUAACCAAUUGCAGACCUCUCUUCCUACUAGAUCUACCUCGAGAAAUCAUGGUAGUCAGGGACCAAAUAAGGGACCUUAUGAGUCCACUACUUUUCCGGGGGAAACCACAACAACAAAAAUAGCUUCGCAGCCAAGAUCAGCCCAUGUACCAGAAUGGCUGAUCAUAGUUGCUGCUCUUGUGGCACUGGCAUUGAUUCUUGCAGCGUGCAUCGCUGUUAACAGUCGAAGAAGAUGUGGACAGAAGAAAAAGCUAGUGAUUAACAAUGGCAAAGGAGCAGCGGAGGACAGGAAGACAAGUGGAUUAAAUGGAGAUGCCAGCAAAUCACAAGAAAUGGUGCACUUGGUUCAUAAAGAACAGUCAAAUAACCGAACAAGAGCACGUGAUGAAUUCAUGACUGUUAAUGAAACCCCAAAUCAUCAAGAUCUUGACAUGAAGACUGGGGUGUAAUGGCACCAUGUUGCCUAGUAGAUCAGAACUGGGGAAAUAAAAAUCACAUUGAACUUGGAAAGGAAUUCACAGAUGCACUGUACUACUGAUGUCUUUUGAACAUAAUUAAACAAAAGUUUUGUUAAUUUUUAUUAAAUUUUAAUCACUUUAAAAUAAUGCCUGAUUUACAAAAUUGGCAUCUGCUUCUAGAAAUAAGCCCCCAAAUGUUGCAUAAUGUUUUCAGUCCCCAGUUCCUACACAGAGGAUGUUAACUGUGUCCUGAGUGUUAGGAGGGAUGCCAGUUUACAUCAAUGUUUCCCAGACGGAGGGUCCUCACUAUGCAGAGCUACGGAAGUAUCCAGUCACUCCAUUUUACAGGCUUUUAACUUGCCAUGGUAAAAGAGUAAGUGAGUAAUAAAUAACAAGAGCAAAAAUAAAGUUUAAACCAAAAAGGCCUCCUAUGCAAUGCCUAGAACAUCAGAAUCCUUCAAAAAUGUCUUCCGGAUGGAAGAGAAGUAGGUGCAUUCAGGUUCUGCCAGUGUAAACUAAAAGUGAUAUUUUAUAUUGAUUUAUAGCUUGGUCUGCAAUGAGGGAAACCCAAAACGAAAAAAAUAUAAUAUUUUUGUCUCUAUUUUAAAAUGUCUGUGGGCAUAAUAGGAUGGAAACAUGAGCUGAUACAUAAAAAAGCUUCUAGACUUUAUUCUCCUAACAAUCUAUACGAUUAUCCUUGCUUUUUUUGAGAUGUUCAUUGUUCUUCCCCCUCUCUUCUUCAUCAGUCACAGUUUGUGCGUGUUUCUAGUGAGUCUGUUAGUUAGGAUAAUGAAUAAACUAGAAUGACCUCAGCUCUAUCACACAUGCCCAAAUCAAGCAGUUGGAGAUCAUUAGGGAAGAUAUCAGUAUUUUAUUCCUGAAAAAUAGAUCUCUUUUUUCUUCUGCUCCAUUUUACUUUGGAGAUGCUAAGACUAGUAAAAUUUGUUCCCUUAUUAAACAUUUUUAAACCAGUUUGCUGAUAUUUUAAAAGUUGCUUUUCUAUGAUCUCACUCACUUCCUCUGAAUUCUAUUUCAUCCAUGUUUUUCCUCUGCUUUUUAAAAAUACUAAAAGUAACAUUGCUUGAUUAUUGGUACCAGACGUUCAAAUUCUAAAGAAAAGAUGAAAGAAAACUAAAGGAAAUUAUCCCAGCCUUGUUAUAUACUACAGUAGUGCAGCUGCAUUGGUGUAUGCUUUUGAUUUGCCCUUAUUUGUGUGUUAUGUAGAGUAUUUGUAUUAAGCUAUGAUGCUGUGCAUUAUAUGGAUAUGAAUUGUCAGAAAGAAAAUUAUCUACUAGUAGUGAUCUGUGGCAUUUUUAAGAAAGCACAUUGCAAUUAAUUUCUAAUUGGACUGCUUCAAAGAAAUACAAGUAAAAACAACCUAAGGUAAUCGCAGCCAAUGGUCUGUAUCAGGUUUGGGAUGGGGAAUGUCCUGUAGCAGGGUCGUUCAAGUAUUCUUGUUCAUUGACAUUAGGACAUGUCUUCAAAACUUGUCUGCUAAAGUAUAUUAUUUUAGGUUCUCCAUCUGAAGCAAUUUGGAAGAUGAGUAUUCAGCUGGCUAAAUACUGACAUUAGCUAGCACUAUUCUCUACUGGAACGUAAAGCACAAGACUGUUGAUUAUGUUUCUCAGGCACAGCCCUCUAGCAGUUUCCCCUGUGUUUCAUCAAGUUACUCGGUCCUUGAUAUCUGCAGGCAGAUCUCCUCCUGGACAACUUACAUGUGGGCAGAAGGUCCCAAGAUGAGGUGUGAUUUUAAAAUACACAUACGGUGUUUUCUGACUUUAUGUAGGUCAGCAUGCUUUGUCUAUGAACAGUCACAUGGUUAGUGGUCCAAAAUUGUUCAAACAAGCUGAAGCUAGUGAGGUCAAGGUGAUUUUCAUUUCAGUACUUGUGGUCUACUGGCAAACUUCUCAGUCCUUUCACAUACGUUACUACUGAACCGUGUAGUGGGAAGUCUGUUAACUCUGUGUAUUAGGGUAUUGAUUUUUGUUUAAUUCCUUUACUGUUUUUAAGCAAGCUCUUCUCUUUGCCAUUAUAAUUCAAAUGAUCUCUUGAAAGCUGUGUUUAAACUAGCAUUAUGUACUCACUUCACAAAAUAUGGAGGUCCAGAGUAAGAAUUAUUCAUUUCUUUAGAUCCUAGUUCAGUAUAGGUCUCAAUCAAAAGGUCAUAUUUCAUGGCUAAAUUUUUCUUUAAAAAAAGAAAAAGAUUGUGGCAUGUUAUUCAUCUCCCUAUUCAGAAGUUUAAUGGAGAAAUCGAUUAACUACUUCCUAAUUUACCUAAAGUUCAGUAGCUAUUAAUGCAUGGACAAUAUUUGUUGGCUUCUCUUUAUAUCUUUUAACUCAAGUUCUCUUUAGAGAGACAAUGCCACUAUUAAGUAUAUGCUGAUUCUUUUUAUAUUUUAUCAUGUGAUUCAUGUGUAAUUAAGUUUCAUUAUUGCUUCAAAGUUAGAUGGCCAUUUCAUAUAUGUAAUAUAGUACAUAGUUUUAUUAAUCUUGGUUUUAUUCUUUCAGGGGGUGUUGUUGUGUGUAUGUAUUUUUUACAGAGAACAUUUGAUAUAUUUGCAUAUUUAUUUAACAGAUUAAUCAGAACGAAAGAAAAUACCAUGUCUAAAUUGUAACUAAAAACAGUAUUGCUAAAAAAGUAUUGAACUGUAAAAGAUGCUUCCAAAAAUAAACUUGAUUCCAAGCUGAGGAUAAAAAAUAAGACCUGCAUUAUGAAUGGCAGAGAAGUAUUCAUCAGGAUAGUUAUGUAUAGUAAUGGUAAGUCAGGGGUCUUUUUUUUGCUUGCAAACUCUAAGCCAGGCUCAGCUGAAUGUUGUGUGACCUUGUCUGCUCUGCCAGCUUCCCAUAUGCUCUGGGAAUUAGCAAUUAAAUCACCUUUUCACUAGAAGCAGACAACUUGGUCCAGUUUAAGAUCAGUUCUUGAUGACUAUUGCAGCUCACUGAACCAACAGCACUUGGGAGAGUGCAGUGCCCAGUGAGAUCCAGCCUUUCCUUCAAGGUGCUGACAGACAAGUUAGGUCUUGGUCUAACCUUCGUGCCUUUGAAGAAUAAGGAUCUCUUCUAAACAUGAUGAGGAGACCAGGCUGGACCUAGAACAGACCCCAUGAUCAACGUGUGUUAUUCUUUUGUCUUGGACAGUUAUACAUAAAUGUAAUCGAGAAGAUUACAUUGUAUGUUUUAUGAGAGUGUAAUAUUUUCAUCAAAUAAUCUGGGGUGAUUUUUCAACUGAUACUUUCUUGAAGAUCUUCCUAGAAACUGUUGAUUAAAGUGGAGAAAGGGUAUGUGGCUGCCAUGUCUACCUGCGUGGAUGUGCUAAACCUUUUACAUAUCUGUUCCAAAAUUAUGUUUCUGCACAAUGUUUUUCACAUGAUAGGGAUGUCUUUUGUGUGUCCUUUGCCUCUGUACUAAAUUGUUUGAAGCAUGUUGCCUGGAAUAUUAUAGGAGACAAUUGCUGAGUGUCUGUUUAGUACAUAGAAACAAUGCUGGGCAAGAACAGAGGUCAGUAUGCCAUCCUGGUUAGGUCUGGUCCUAAUCACUCUUUCUGUAGAUGAAGAAAAGAAAUUAAACCCUCUGACAGCUUUGUUCUGCCUUAGCAUACACAGACACCAGGAUAUUUUUGUAAGUUAAUUGUUUAUUUUAUGCCGUAUUAGGCCAUUAGCUAAUAAUAACUUCUUAGCCUUAUUAAACAAUUCAAGAUUGUGACUUCUAUGAUUGCAAGAGUUAGUUAAAUACAGACUCUUUGGGUAGUCACAGGUACUGACUAAUUCUUCUCUGUGGAGGGGAGAAGGACAAAAACAUGGCAGGAAAAAUGGUGCGCUGGGCUGACAUUGGGGUGUGGUUCUAGCUGUGUGGGAGUGGGUGACUAAGCUUCUAUUCCUUACAGGGGGCAAGAAUUGUGCAAAGGUAUUUUGCAGGUGAGAACUCCAGGGAAUUAGGGACAGAGAGAGAAUACAGUCACUGGGAGAGGAAGUAAAAGGAGAGAAAUUUCUGUGCUGCUACUGGGAAAGUCCUUUCAACAGCCCCCGGACUUUGGCACCUGAAUGUUUCAUGGUUCUGAGAACUAAAGAAGAUUGUCCUUUUCCUGUGAAAUCCCCAUCUCCAAGCCACUCUUUACAUUCAUCACCUCAUUUGCAAAUUGAUUUUGAAUAAUUUUCCCCUGGUAGAUUAUUUCUUGUUAUUACUACGCCAUGCUGCAUGUGGCAUCCACCAACACCAUUCUGAGAGCAAGCAGCUGUGACAAUGAGAAAUGAAAGGCAAAGCACUAAUUUAAUGAAGAUGAGUAAUAGUGUCUUUUGUAUACCACAGAGACCGUACUUUUUGUCUUCCCUAUCUCAGUCAUUUGGAGUAAGGUUAGCAAAAGCAAGAUUUCAAGAGCAUUUCACUUCUUGCUCCUCUUCCUGUUUUCAAAGUAUGAGACUUAUAUGGAUCUUCACAUAGAUCAAUUGUGCCGCUGCACAGUUUUUUGCGAAGUUGAAAUUGAAGAAGAUAAUGCAUCACCAAAGAAGUCAUCCUGACCUCAAAGGAGUCAGUUAUUGUUAAAAUACAAUUAAAGUAUAGUCAAAGCUUUACAUGCACUUUAAAUACAGCCCUCUUUCAAUUUUAUAUGAAUGAUUCCAGCAAGCAUUAGAAAAGUUUUGUCUGAGCAACAGCUUCAAGGACUCUCAAACUUUUUAUUAAAACUUCUUACUCUACAGGCAAAAAGGGGUUGGACAAACAAAUGGAUGGAUGAAACUUAUGGAACUGGAAGUUUGUGCUGCCAUUCAAUGAGACCUGAACAGGCUAGAGAGUUGGAUGGAGAGGAACCUAAUGAAGAUCAACAAAGACAAGCUUAGAGUCCUGCACCCAGGACUGCACCAUGCACUGCCACGGGUUAGGAGAUGCCAUGCUAGAAAGCAGAUCUGCAGAGAAUUGGUAGACAAUAUAUUAAAAAUGAGCCAAUAAUGCACUCUCGCCGCCAAGAAGGCCAAUGGUAUCCUGGGGUGCAUCAAGAAGAAUGUGGCCAGCAGAUUGAGAUUGGUUAUCCUCCCCCUUUACUCUGCCCAAGUACUCCCAUCAUCUGGAGUAUUGUGUCCAGUUCUGGGCCCUCCAGCUCAAGAAAGAGAAGGAGAGAGUCCGGUGCCGGGUCACAAAGAUAAUUAGGGAACUAGAACAUCUCUCUUACGAGAAGAGGCUAAAAGACCUGCAAGAGUCUUCCUGCAAGUGCUCUGGACUUCAACCAUUAAUGAUACAAGCCUCAGAACAAAUCUUAGAAAAGGAGAGGGGAGUUCAUUGUAACUUUCAGAUCUACAAAUGAUUCACUGUUUCAGUUUAGUAAAGCAUUGCUGAUACAUGUCUAAGUGCUGCCUAUCUAGCCGUACCCUACAUGGGGUUUGUUUUACUGUAAAAUUGUUUUACAAUCAACCACUCAGUUAAGCAUGUUUUGUUUUGAAGCAGUAGGCCAUCAGAUUUGCCAGUGGAGACAAGCUUAUAGUUACUCAGUAUUUCCCUGCACUUAUUUUGUGAUUAAUCUUCUAGUUAAUGUUUCUUUUAUUCAUCAAGAGAAAGUUCGAAAUAAACUCCAGUUAAGAAUGUUUGUUUGUUCAGCUAAUGACUUAAAAAUCAAACUUUCCCUUUGUUCAAGAGAGGCUACUACCUGUCCCUGUGCAGAGGACAAGUGUAAAGCCUAACCCUCAGUCACAUACCAGUUAAAAAUGAGAGAAACCGGGUUCAAAGAAAACUCAGAGAGUCAGCCUGCUGCUGAUCAACUGCAAAGGUGCAAAUCUUCCUCAAGGAACCUUUUCUAGAGUAAUUUUCACUGAUAUGGCUCAGUGCCUCCAAAAUCGUUGCUAAAAAGUAAGCUAACAAAGUUUAUUUUAUCCUGGCAAUUUAGGUAAUACUAGUAACAUAGGUGAAACAGUAGAAUGUAUUUUGAGUUAAUUUCCUAGCCUGGCCCCCUUUUAUGCCCCUUCACAGAAUUGGAAGUCAGCUGUCUUUUCUCUCUUGCACAUCUCCACAGCAGCAUUUCUCAAGUGAUGUCUGUGGACCAUGGGAAAAGCAAUCUGUGGAGCACCUUUGGGUACACCAGUAAGAAAACACCCAAACAGAGGUAGAUCAAUCUUACAUAUUUUUAAUUCAGUCACAUAAAAGAAUAAAUAGCACAAAGAAGACAGACACUGUGGAAGACAGACACUAGGCUGCUUUUCUAAAUACUUGUGCUUAUAGUACAGAACUGCCAUAAACAGUGUUAGCCCUCGUUCCUCCAGUUCCCAGCCCUACGUGUCUCAGUGGGUGGCAGACAGCUUUGCAAUUUAUCUGUCUACGCAGACACAUUUUGCUUAUCUCCACAGAACUUGCAUGCUUUGCUAACACUGCCACAACCGCAAAACCUGAUCCUGCAUGCAAUCAAGUUUCCUUCCUGUGUCUGCGGUUGCAGAGGAGCACUUUUAUUUCAUGCUGUCCAUGCAAGAUAGCAGGCAGCUGCUUGCUGAGUCUGUGAAGCUCCCUCACUUGCACAGGUCUUUGCACAGGCCAGGGCAGCUUCAGUAGUGCAGUGCCACUAAAUCCUGCUGGGUUAUUUGUACAUUCUUGCAGUGUACGUGCUUGUUGCAAAUAAACCUUGCUAGCUCAGCUGAGUGUAAUAUUCAAUGUUGUUUUCCUCCUAAAAUGCUAUAAGGUGGAGCCACAUUUUUCUUUCAGAUUCUUGUCCUGUUUACACGUGCUAUCUAGUACAAAGGAGAAGGCUGUUAAAGGUUUAGCAGACCUGAAGUGUUUUCUUGGUUUUUCUUUCACGCUUGAGAGGGGAUAUAGAAAUAUGUCUUAAUAUGGUUCACUGAUUCAUGACUCACUAUUACAGCACCUUACAGCAGAUCCUUUACGGUAGAGAAGGACACAUUCUGGAUACAAAGACACUCCUGAAAUAAUCUUUUUCUCUCAGGAUGAGGACAUGGAGAAAGAGGGCCACACAAAGGGUCAGGAAGGUCUUCGAGAAUCAGCCCUUGAGGUACAUAUUUUCAAAGGGAACAGCUUCAUGUAGUUGCAGAAUUGGCUCCAUUAUGGGUUGGGCUUUUAGGCUAUUCUCAUGGGAAAAAUGUUUUGGAAAAAAGCAACAAACAUAAAUCACAGUGUUGAGCCAUUCAUUUUGAACUUUCUAUAUGAUGUGUAACUAAAGAAUAACCACCUUUCAUGGAAGAAAUUUUAAUAUAUACAGUGCAUAUGAAAUACAUGAGUGAUGGGGAAUCCUGAGAGCAAAAAAAAUCAGGGGGGCAAUUUUAUGCCAGCAGUGUGCAUUUAUUAGCAGUACUUGUUGAGGAGGCCAGAUUAGGACCUUUCUGCCUCUGGCAGAAAGUGACAACAUGGUACAAAAAUGGCAGCAAGUAGGCAGGGCCUCAGAUAUAUCUUUUGCUCAAAGAUUUUCCUAAUAUUAGGACCUGGUUUGUUACUGACUCAGAGGGCAGAUCACCAGCUGAAGUGCUGCCAAAGCCACUUCCUUCCAUGCCUGGAUUUUCUUUGGAAUGUUCUCAAGUGGAUGCUGGCCUCAGACAGAUUAGUAAUAAUUAAGCCCAGGGCUGUGCACACUGUUUAAGCUCACGACCUGGUUUUCAGUUACGUCUUGAUCACACAACUGUAGUUAUGUUAUUUCUGUAAUGCGUGCUACUCUGAGCAUAAAUGUCAGCACUUUCUCUCCAAACUUAGGAACUGCCAGUCUUCUGGGCCAUGGUUCACUCCACGAGUUCCUCUUAAUUCACUGGGAAGCAGUCAUGGCACCAAGCCUGGCAAUAUUCAAGAAGCAUUUGGACAACGCCCUCAGGCACAUGGUGUGAAUUUUGGGGUUGUCCCACGCAGGGACAGGGGUUGGAAUCUAUAAUCUUUGUGGGUCCCUUCCAAUUUAAGACACUCUACGAUUCUAGGGUUCUACGAUUCUCUAGACAUUUUUGCUAAGUACUGUAGCAUCCUGGCCUUUGUGGCAAGCAAGCUCAGUUGCAGUGGGCACCCUGGCAUACCUGGAAGGUACAGUGAGGCAUGAGAUUUCUAGCACUUUGGCAAAGUCAUGUCCAUCUUCUACCUCGCCUGCAGUUUUCAGAACAGGCUGCCUCCCACAUCAAACUGCUUUAUCUAAUCUCUUAUCCACAGCAUUUCAAUAUUAAGCCCAGACUGACAUUAAAACUCACAGAUAUAAGCCAUGAAAAUUAUGAAUCAACAUUUAUUCAUAAUAUGUACAUAAGCAGUACAACACUUAGUGAAAUAUUACAUUCACAACUAUUUCCAGUAUAGAAAGAAUGUACAUUUUGUUUUAUAUGUGAAAGUUAGAGAAAUCAGUUCACACUGUAAGAAAGCAUUAAAAACAAAUGACUACCAAUAGUUGUAAGGAGGAAAGGAUCUGAACUACAAUAAUUGACUCAGACUAUGAGGCAUUCCAACUACAAUAAACAUAGAACAGAGGCAGACUUGGGAGAAAUUUUACUAUCCACCAUCAUUAGUUUCUAAACAAACUGUGCUAUAGGUACUGUACGGUAUGUAAUUUAAAAAUCUUGGAAAGUUUCUGAGUGUAAGGAAAACACCAGUGUUAUCCCUCUUCCUUUUUAUCAUUUUUACAUGGAACAUCUCAAAUCACUUUUAAGAGGGGGCAAGGGAUGAUGAAUAGGCAGUGCACAGUACUGUAGUGUGCUAUUAAUACUGUAGCAUCGUAAUGGAACUUACUGAACAGGAUACUUCCUGAGCUUUGGGGCCUGAUUUUGAUCUCUUUCCACUUACAGGGGAUGAUUAUAUUUAUGAGAUCUAGGCCCAAUGUAUCUAAGAAUGAACCAGCUUCUUCUUGAUGUCCCAAGCUCUUUCAGAACCAUCAUCGGGUUUUGCCCCAGAAAGGUCUUCUUUUCUUACAGAUAGGAACUGUAGCCUCAGAUUUUUGCCACUGACUAUGUAGUUCAUAUCUGUUUUAUGAUCAGACAUACAUUACCUAAAUAACAGGCCUGCAAAACAAGCACAGUAGCUUGAGAAGAAUUUAGCUUUGCAUUUAAUUUCCAAUAGUUAUUAAUAUACUUUUUUAACAAUGAAUGAAAGAAACAGUGCAACUUCACCCAUGAGUGCUUUCAUCUUUUUCAGAGACUGUUCUGCCAAGAGGGUGAAGCAGAGUUUCCUAGUUUGACUUCACAGGCACUUUAGAGAGAGACAGCAGUCCCCUGCUGCCUGCAGCCUUUCCCAGACAGCCAUGUCACCGCACUUGCUUUGCUGGCUUCUGCAGUCGAGAUGGAACUGGAAGUGACUUAGAUGGAUCCUGUGAUGCUGUGAAGUGACUAAGGGCUGAAUGAUGUACAGUGCACAGAGACAAAAGAAGCCAGGACAUCCAGUAGGAAUGCAGUUAGAUGAAUCUUACCUUAUUCAUUGUGCCAAUUUAAACCGUAACUUACUAAACUUCUAGUGAUAAGAGUCCUAACAUUUCAAGCAAACAAGAAGAAAACAAAACAGAAACUAAUCUUUCUAGGUGAACAUUAGUUCUUAGUGUAAUAACAACCGCAUUCACAAGGCAGAAAAUGUAUGCUGCGAUCACUUUCGCUUAUUGGCAGGGGAUUACAUACAUGCACGUACUAACACAUAGCACACUGGUUAGAUAGCCGAAAACUAAAAAUAACAUAUUUACAAUAAGUUGGCUGCCUACAUGAUCUGAAUGUUAUCAGCAUGGGAUACUCCACAGCAGACAGAAAAAGCAAUUAGUAAACUGUGGAACCUAAUCAGUUGAGUGGCCAACAGGAAACAAACACAAAUGAAAAACACAAAGUAAACUAAAAUUUUAAAAGACAGUCUAAUUUUCUACUGUGGUCCUAUGCACCAAAACCAAUUAAAUUAAAUGAAAGCACUGCUAUGCGUACUAUACACACCAUUUCACUGAAAUUACAUUUUGAUAGCUACAUCUUCUACACUAUGUGCAAAGGCACUGGAUAUCACGCUUCAACAAAAUGUCAAAACUGGUAUCAAUAAGGUUUUACAGCUAUUAGUAACUCAGCACUAUUCUGCCUGCGAUUCCUAUUAAGAUAAUACCUGGUACAUCUGAUUUAAAAUACAAAAAGACAUUUCAAAACAAGGGUGUAUAACACAUUUCCUACAUGUAUACCUACUAGAAAUUUAGUCUCCAAAACCUCAGCAGAAUAACAUGGCGCCAUAGAUUUCUGAGCAGUUUAAGAGAUACCUAGUAUCAGUCACACUGGGACAGCAGUACUUGCUACUUCAAUUUUUUCUUACUUUUGAAUCACAGACAAAGAGCUAGUAGGCUGGAACAGAUUUUUUUUGUUAUAUAAUUGUUAUGAAUAUUUAUAUUAAUUCAUUUUUAUUCUUCUAAAACCAGUUCCUUGUUAACUAAACAGAAAUUAUUAUAGACACAGCCUUAAUGCCAACAGGUAUUUACCUAAUGGGAACAGAUGAUCAUAACAGAGAAUCAACUCCCACUUGCCUUGGUCAAAAAAUAUAGUUGUUGUUCUCUUUAAAAUACAUAAAAUAGCAAGAGGUGUUUGGAUGGAUGCUACCCAAUUACACUGAUCUCAUGGUAGUUCUGUUGGUCCCUUUUCAAGAAGGCAAAGAUAAAUGGCCAAAUCAUGAAUCAUUUCCACAUGCUGAACUCAAUAUACAACAAGAUGGACAGGGCACCUGAUAAUAUAUUUUUUGCCUACCUAGAUCUUCAGUUUUAUAACUGUAUUCUGAGUUAGUAAAUUAUACGUUAUCAGAUCCUAAGAAAGACGUGCAGGAUUUGGCAAAGGUAACAUCAGGAAAAAUGACAAAAAUGAGGGGCAAUUGCCUGAGACAGUCAAUCUAGAAGAUUGUUCAGAUUAUUAUAACACUGUUCCAUAAUGAACUGCAGCAUUUAAGGACAUCUUGAAAUUCCUAUUUGCUUCUUGCAUUUUGUGCUUUCUUUAUAAUUCACCACUAACCACAACACAAAAAUGUUUCAUCAAUCCUAAGUGUUAUUAAAAACCUGGUUUCAUUCUAAGGUACAAAUCACCUUUAGAGGAUUAUCCCUCUACUUUAUACGGUCAUAUAGAAAACAUGAUAAGAAAAUAUUAGUGUGUCUGUAAAUUACAGAUACUAGGCUAUUCAGUUCAAUCUACACUAUAGUUUCCAGAGAACAAGUACAAACCCCUAAAACCUGUAUUAAUAACUGAAUCAGUAUUGAG